GCAGGGACCCCGGGGGAGGUCAGGGACGCCGUCCCCGCUGCCCGGGGCGCUCUGGGCUCACUGGGGUGAGGGAGCUCGUCGCUUUCCCGGAGGGCACCGAGACACGCAGAGCCGCAGGAAUGUCCUGGGCCGCAGGAAGGGGCAGGAAGGGGCAGGAAGGGCGAUGCUGCCCCGGCUCCGGGGGUUUGCCAGCCGCAGGAAGGGGCAGGAAGGGGCAGGAAGGGCGAUGCUGCCCCGGCUCCGGGGGUUUUGCAGCCGCAGCCGCCGCCCCUGCGCCGCCCGUGCCCGGCGGUGCUGCAGGUGGCCGGCCCCCGGGGGGGUGGGUGCGACCAGCCUCCCCCUCCUUCCCCCGCAUCCUCCCGCCCCGAGGCAGCUCCUCCUCAUCCUCAGCAUCCCCGCUCGCUCCGUCCCGCUCCUCCCCGCGCCCUCGGGAGCCGCAGCCGGAGCGCCGCGCAGCCGCCGCCCGGCCCCGGAGCGGCUGCGGGAUGGCCGAGGGGGAGAUCAGCACCUUCAGCGCCCUGACGGAGAGGUUCGACCUGCCCGCGGGCAGCUACAAGAAGCCGAAGCUGCUGUACUGCAGCAACGGGGGGCACUUCCUGCGCAUCCUGCCCGACGGCACCGUGGAUGGCACCCGCGACCGCAGCGACCUGCACAUCCAGCUCCAGCUGAGUGCAGAGAGCGUGGGGGUGGUGCACAUCAAGAGCACCCAGUCGGGGCAGUACCUGGCCAUGGACACCAACGGGCUGCUCUACGGCUCGUUACUGGGUGAGGAGUGCCUGUUCCUGGAAAGGCUCGAGGAAAACCAUUACAACACCUACGUCUCCAAAAUGCACGCGGACAAGAACUGGUUUGUGGGGCUGAAGAAGAACGGGAACAGCAAGCUGGGCCCGCGGACUCACUACGGCCAGAAGGCGAUCCUGUUCCUGCCCCUGCCCGUCUCGGCCGACUGAGGCCCGGCCCGGGCUCAGAGACAGCCCCAGGCCCAGCUGCUGCUGCCCCCUUAGAGCCCUCCAGAGCUCCGAGCUUUAGGUCAAGGCUUUGCCCAGUCUAGCCCAGCAGAGCCCCUCUGCUCUGCACGAAGCUUUGCGGAGAUGAGGGGACGAGCCCUGAUGCUCUCCCAAGGUCCACGGGGCCCCAUCUCCCCCUGCCCUCAGCUGUGUGCCUGUGUGUGCCAUGUCCCUCAGCUGUGUGUGCCAUGACCCUCAGCUGUGUGUGCCAUGUGUGCCAUGACCCUCAGCCGUGUGCCUGUGUGUGCCAUGUCCCUCAGCCAUGUUGCCAUGACCCUCAGCUGUGUGUGCCAUGACCCUCAGCCCUGUGCCCAUGUGUGCCAUGACCCUUGGCUGUGUGUGCCAUGACCCUCAGCCGUGUGCCCAUGUGUGCCAUGACCCUCAGCUGU